AUGGCAUCUGAACCAGAUUUCAUCUGCUUAGAUAAGGCUACACAAACAACCUUUGAUAGCCAGGCAGAUGAUGCAACCCAGGAGAAGAAGGGAAAUUCAUGCACAGCUCACAUGAUUGCCCCUGGUAAAGAAAGAUACUACUUGGUGAAAACAAAAACCCGGAGAGAAGAGAGAGCCUUCACUGUCAAGCCGGAGUCAGAGCCUGGGGACUUCCUCCUGAAGGAAAAAGAGAAAGAAGAGGACACACGGAAGCACUUGGAAGGUCGUCAGGUUAUCUCCUCGCCAUCAGACAAGGAAAAUCUUAAUGAGAUACGUCAAACAACUGAUGCAGCAGCUGCAGUUACGGGUCAGAUACUUUUAGCUGUGGCUAGCUUGAGGGACACAGACAAAAACAGUAUCCAGGCAGCUUCAGCUAUGCUAAAUUCAAUCCUGAAAAAAGACAGGAACAAACUGAGGGAAAAGGUGCCAGAAAUCAUUGAUAUUAUUUAUUUCCACCUGCGUGCUAUCCAGGAACCUAGUGCAAGAGAAGUUGCCAUAGGGGCUGUGUGCCUCCUGACUGAAAAACAUACAGAAGAAACUAUCACAAGCCUUCUGAGGCUCUCACUGCUUUGUGACAGGCAUAUCACACAAAUUUGGGAAGCUUUGGGCCAAGCUAAACAACCUGUAAGACUCCAGGUUCUUGCAAAGCUCCUUGAAGUGCUGAAAAGAAAACCCUGCCUUACCAGUGAACUCCCAGGAUCGGAUGCCAAGUCCAAGGACAAUUCCUCCCUUCUGCCUCUAGCAGCAACAAAGGCCCUGUGCAUAAUAUUUAGGGAUAAAAAGUGCAAAGUUCCUAUGAACAGCUAUUAUGUAUCUGUGAUCAUCUUCCUGGUUAUUCAGCUGCACUACUUGAUGAACUGUUCAGAUACUGAAGGUGGACAGGAGGACAUACUCAAAACAUCAAACUAUAUAAGUUGUACAAUGGAAGCAUUAAAAGCCUUAGUUAAAAGGGAGAAGACUCCUCAGACGUGUUUUACAAGCCUAACAGGAAGUUGGGACCUUUUGUCUUCACCAGAGAAUUACCUCGAAGGAGUUCUUCUACUGGCCAGAGCCCUUGUCAAACAUCAUCGUGGGCUUGACUAUGCAGUAUUUACCAAGGUGAUACCACUUCUCCAUCAUGGGGAUGACAAACAGAAGCUGACAGCAAUGGCCUUUUUCACUGCACUUCUUUCUUCUGAGUCCACUUACACAGUGCUGCAAAAACAUUAUAUCCUGGGCCUAUUAAAGAACUGGCAGACAGAUUCAAGCUCAACCUACCGCUGGCUCAGUCUCCAUGGCAUGGGCAAUGUAGCUCGUCACCUGCAAAAUAAGAAAGAACUGUCCACCCUGAUUCUGGGCAUCCUUCCAAGUUUUCAUGACACUGAUGAGAAAGUGACUUUGACAGCUAUGGAGGUCAUAAGCAAGAUUAUAACACACCACAAUAAUUAUAUCAACAUGAACAUCUAUGUGAAGAUCGCCAAGCAGCUUCAGCCAUUCUUGGCCGAUGGGAGGUCCAAAAUAUGUUGCGCUGCAAACAAGCUGUUUCAAGACAUGCUUAAGAACCUAGAUGUGAAAGACAAAUCGACUAUGCAGGACCAGGUGCUCCACAGUAUUGUUACAUUGUUGCUGAACCUCCAAGAUCCACAUCUUGCUGUGGCUAAGAGUCGUAGAGACAGCUUAAAAGAGUGCAAAGUCUUUGUGGGAUGGAGUACGAAUGACAACCUGGACUCUUGGAGCAUGAUUUGCAAGCACCUUGUUAAGGAGCACCCAGGAAAACUGCGGAGCUUUCUGGACCAGGCACAGGACUAUAGUCAAAGCCCACAAAUGUUUUCAAGAACUGCAGCCACCAUGUUUAUAGAUUCCAUCUUGCAGCAAAUAGAAUCCAGUCCUCUGCAAAAGUCAGAAGUUGAUUUCUUGAGGCAAGCAUUCAGUUCAUUUCCAUCAGAAACACACCGUCCUGUCCCUGUUGUUCCAGAACCAGAAAAAGUACGCAGGUAUUGCGCAGAUCUAUUCAGAUGUUCCCGCUAUUUCCCAAGAUCCUGUAUUUGAUGCCUGUAUCUGAAGCUACUAUCCGUCUGAAUAAAGAGCACU